ACCAAAAACCCUAGCCUCCGUCCCCAACCCCCACCGCCGCCCCGUUCCAAACCCUCCGCCGCCGCCAUGCGUCCGCUCGACGAGAAGGAGACCACGCAGGUCUUCGAGAAGCUCUUCAAGUUCACGGGGCCCAACCUGAAGCACCUCCUGGAGCGGCCCUCCGUGGAGGGCCCCGACCCGGAGCCGGGCCGCUACUGCCUCCGCCUCCACAAGAACCGCGUCUACUAUGCCUCCGAGGCGCUCGUCCGCCGCGCCACCGCCGUCGCCCGCUCGCGCCUCGCCGGCGUGGGUACCCCCAUCGGCAGGUUCACCCACCACGGCGCGUUCCACCUCACCGUCCACGCGCUCGACCUCCUCGCGGCGCACGCGCGCCGCCGCGUCUGGCUUAAGCCCGACACCGAGCGCUCCUUCCUCUUCGGGAAUUCCGUGCCCAAGUCCUCCCUCGCGCGCAUCACCGAGAACACCAAGUCCGGGGACGGCGUCGUUGUCAUGUCCAUGGCCGACGUGCCGCUCGGGUUCGGCAUCGCGGCCAGGUCAGCGCAGGACUGCAGGAAGGCCGAUACUAACGCCGUCGUCGUGCUGCACCAGUCGGACGCCGGGGAGUACCUCCGCAAGGAGGAGGAACUCAUGUGAGGUGUGCCAUGGCUUGUGGUGCUGAAAGAUGUAUCUCGUUGGCACUUGAGAUCAGUAAGCAGUUAUUUCGUUUGUGGAGCGUGCAGUUUUCACGUGGUGGCAACGAAAAAAGGAACCGGAUAUUAGAUGAGGUGUUCUACCAUGUAUCCUCAUAGGAGUCUUGCCCUCAGGUGAUCCUGGGGCUAUAAAUUUUGUCACACUGUAACCUGUCAGUAUUCUACGUGAGUUUGUCAUGUAGAACUUUUAGAUUAGAUGACCAACGAUAUACUUUGGUUUGUGGACCCUUUGAACUGUAUGUAUUUUCUAAUUGUCUGGGCUGUCGAGUUACAUUGUAGAUGAAUUUGUCUGGGCCGCAUACAUCUUGAGCAACUGCUUCAGUAGUUGAGUG